GUUGUUGCUAUUGCGUGGAACGUCUGCUUGAACAUCUCACAGCAGCUACCGGUGUGGAGGGAAAAGCAGCCAUGACAACAGACCCUUCCCUCCUGAACUCUGAGCUGGAGCUACAGCAACAAGAGGAGCUGUAUCAACAGCUGCUGUUACAGACUGUGGGGAAAAUGCAGAAAGAAAAUCCAGACUCCAAAGUCAUCCGCCCAAAUCCUGGCUUGUGUGUAAAGACUGUCUCAGAGCCAGAUAAGCAGAAGGUCUUCGUCAACAUCUGCCAGUCAAACUCGAUUCCAUCUCCUCCUGAAAUUUCAAAAGAGGAGCUUGUGGAGCUGCUCCAGUCAGAGGAUCCUAGUGGCUACAGAGUUCCCAUGAGCCUUGGCGAGCCCCACACAGAAGUAGACAACAGCUCCCAGGGUUGUACAGCUUAUGACGUUGUCAUCAACCAGGAGUUCUUUCAGAGGUGCCAGGAGGAUCCGUUAUUCCAACAAUUUGUAAUUCUGGUGUCUUUUGAGGGUCUGGAGAACAAAUACAACUUGGAGCUAAGCAGAGACUGGAAGGUCCUGAAGAACAGAAAGUUUUUGGGAUCUGUUAGUGAGCAGAAUAUCCGGACGAAGACCAAGCCAGUGAUUCAAGAGCUGCAGCCUCAAGAGAGCUCCAGUGACGUGGCCAAAAGACCAGAGUUCACUUUGCUUGUGGAGCCACCUGCUGGUCACCCUGAGUACCUCAUUGCUGAAAUAAAGCUUCCUGGAGUGCCAUCUUCUCGCUCUCUGGUCCUGGAUGUCGGAGAGGACCGACUGGUGUUGACAGCUCGUCCCUCGCUCUUCCAUCUCGACAUCUUUCACCCCUUCCUCGUCGAUCAGGAGAACAGCGUUGCACAGUACAACAAGAGCACAGAGAUUCUUACAGUCACAAUGCCGGUGGUGUGUUCAUGAAGUUGAAGAGGUCACGUCCAUCGAUGUAUUUAUUAUUAUUUUUUUAAUUCAAAAUGACGAUGUGUUAAUAAAAGAGUUGUUUUUCAGUCAAA